ACAGCCAUCUCUUGGAAGAUAUCGGAGAGAUAUGAGAGCAGUCGUGGGAGCGGUUUUAUCACGGAAGGCCGCUCGAGUAUCUGUGUCAACGUCCCGGAUUGCCUUUCAACUUAGUCUCCUGCAUUACAGGUCGUACUACGGCUGUCAGCCAGCCCGACACUUCGCAGACAUGUCUCAGUCUGGGUCAUUUGCACGCCCCUCUGAUGGUGCUCUGCAACUAACUGCCGUACAGGAAACACAAGGUAGUCGUCUGCCGCAAUCUUGGGCCUGACGCGAUGUCUCUUUUGGAGGCAACACCUGAACUGGACCUUGUCGUCUGGCCGGACGACCGAAGCUGCGACCGGACAUGGUUGCUAGGCAACAUUCCAGGCUCUACUGGGCUAGUUGUCAUGCUCACAGAAAAAGUUGACUCCGAAAUCUUGGACAGAGCCGGUCCCUCCUUGAAAGUUGUUUCGACAAUGUCAGUUGGGAAUGAACAUAUUGAUCUCAGAGCUGCGGCUCAGAGAGGGCUGAGGGUGGGGUAUACCCCCGACGUCCUCACUGAUGCAGUUGCCGAUCUGUCCGUGAUGCUCGCACUGAUGGCAAGUCGCAAUGCUGGAAUAGCGACGGCGGUCGCGAAAGAUGGACAAUGGCCAAACCACCCGUGGUCACCUUUUGCGCUGUGUGGUCCUCAGCUAAGUACGAUGGCCUCUUCUCCGGCACGAAAAGCCGGCUUCCUUGGCUUCGGUCGGAUCGCUCAGGCGACCUUGGCACGGCUUGUCUCAUUUGGGAUCACUCACUGCUUGUAUUCGUCCAAUCCAUCGUCGCCCACAAAUCACGAGCGCGAUGCGGAAUUAGCGAAGAGGUACAACUUGCAAUCGGUAACCAAAGUAGACAUCGACGAACUUGCCCGCGAAAGCGACUUCAUCUUCGUAUUGGCGCCCGGUGGACACGAUACCUAUCACAUCAUCAACGAGAACUUUCUGAAGCAAAUGAAGAGGACAAGCAUCCUCAUCAAUGCGAGUAGGGGAACUCUGGUCGAUUCUGAUGCGCUGGCCAGGGCACUUCGAGAAGGCUGGAUAUGGGGUGCUGGCCUCGAUGUAGUGGAAGGGGAGCCAAAUGUGACAAUCGACCAUCCGCUGAUCAAGGAACCUAAAUGCAUCAUUUUACCGCACAUCGGAAGUGCUACCUUGGAGACCCGGAGGGCUAUGGCGGUGCGUGCAGCCCAAAAUGUGAUAGCAGGAGUACUAGGAGGGAAUAUGCCCGCAGAGGUGUAUUUAUCAGGUUACCGGUAACUGGCAUGCUGUACUGCUGACCACGGAACUCCGUGACCUCAUGCAAUUAGAAUGAGAAGCCAUUUUGAUGAAGUGAAGCCACGUUCAUGGGUGUGCCGGGGUAGCCGCGUUGUCAUCAGGGCGCCCGAUCAGGAAAUGAGACCCCUGAUAAGAUGGUGGCUGUGUAAGUCGCACCCCUUCAAAUAGGGACGCGCCGAGGAUGCCAAAAAUUUG